AUGAAGGUGGUGGAGUCUGAUGAGAUAUCACGAGGGGAUUCUAAUGAGGAAACGAAUGUUGGAUCAUCGGCUUCAUCAGCAAACAGUGUUGCAACUGCAAUUGUCCCUCGCCCAAGUUUGUUGUUGCAGUCUGAAGAAAAAGAUGAAGAAGAAGAAGAUGAUGAUGAUGAUGGGAACUACAAGAUCGAGGUGGAGGUGGAAGAUGAAUCAAAGCCGUUCGUUCCGUCCAUUAAGAUAAUCAGAAGUGAUGUUUCCCUCCUCAUCAGUACCAUAGUUCUUAAAGACAUCUCCUUAACCUCAACUCUCUUUCACAUUCUUGAGCAAGAGGAGCUUCAAAUCGACUAUGAAACACAGUAUAGAAGCGACACCAAAGUCUCUCACACCAUUAAGGUGAAUAUGAGGCCGGGAUAUGAUGUAGAUGAAUUGGAGAAGAAGCUUUGGAGAUGGGCUGGGAAACCCAUUUAAGCUUCAA